UAUUCCUCUGGGCAGAAAGACUCGGGUGAAAAGAAACGAGAGACUUUCUCUUUACACUCGCUCCGAAGAACACUCAGGGUAAACAGGGGCCGGUCGCUCCACAAAGCAAGUGUAUAUUUCCUCUUUCUUAGCGACUGUAGAUCUAGAGAAAGGCGUUCGGAGCGAUACGUUUGCCUUUUUCAAUGACAACUUUUCUCAACCAUUAUACGGAUUAGACCGAGUUUUAUUGUUUGACAUGAUCGGCGUGGUGCUGAAUAUUUUCGGGACUCCUGGCACGUAUGUGUGCGCGUGUUGCUAAUGGCAUUCUUCCGAUGUUGCUAAGAGGUAGUCCCAGGGCCCAAGUACACUCUUCCCCCCUUAAUCGGCACCAACAACCAUGACCCGACCAGAGAGAAGGCGCCAGGCUACUCAAUGGCUGGAAAACGAACAUGGGUUUCGCCUACGACUACGCCAAAUCCCCCGGCCCGAGCUACAACUACGGCAAUGCCACCUACAGCGGCGGACCAGCCUACACCAUGGGCAUGCGCACAAAGCGUCUGACCAACAAGACCGUAACGCCAGGACCCGACUACUACUUCCCGACAGUUAACGGCACCGCCUUCAGUUCGCCGAGGUUUUCCAUGGGCAUACGUCACCACGAAGAUGUCAUGCCUCUGGCUGACGUCAGCGAUUGAUGUUGUGUGACGCCAGUGGUUGUUGGGUUGACGCCAGGGACUGAUGUGGUGGUGACGUCGUGAUUUGUGUGAUGACGUCAGAGGUCAUCUGUUGUAUGAAUGAUACAGAAUGAUUUACCAGAAUGUGUGAACUGUUCCUAGUGAUAAUGUGUGCUUUGGGGCAUUGAAACAAAUGUCAUAUAACGGUACUGCACGGUUUGCAGGCUCCUAGAUGUGAAAUGCAGCUACAAUGAAGGGGCGCACUUGAUAGCUUAGUAUUUUCUCCACGGAGAUGCUUUUUUUCUUGCAAAGGGGGGGGGGGGAUAAUUUCAUGGGAGUGUUACACUUUUUUAGCAGACUAUUUGAAAUAAUGGUAGAACAACAUCGUGUUUCCAACUUACAAAGCGUUAUGAGACUUACACGCAGUCUUUAACAGACACGUCUACGCUGUAUGGACACUGUCAUGAGGCUCUUGAAUGUUUUGGCAACCGUCGUAGAAAUGAAAGUAGCCCACAGGAUUCAAGUUUCGCAAGGAAACAUGACCCUCCGGUUGAAAAGACUGCACCUUGCUGCAUCUGAAGGCCCGCGUUUUUUGCUCAAGCUUAUUUCUGUUUCGAGUUUCAAUGGCUUGACUAGAAACAAUUAUUUCACUUGGCCUUAUUAAAACAUAGCAAUCCUCAGUUUGCUCAUCUUGAACAAAAAGAAAGAUCUGCGUACGUCUUUCUAACGCCACACAGACAGAAAUCUAUGUACAAAAAUCUGACUUUAAUUUAACCUGUUCGUAUUUUUACACUUUGUUUUUUAUUUCGAUUGAUUUUUCAUGUGAAUUAUCGUGGUGCCAUUUUGUAUUUUUAUGUCGUGUUUGAGCACAAAUUUGAUAUGUUGUUUAUCACUUCCGUUUGAAAACACAUCUAAUUUCUUUUUUGAACUCCACCCUUAUAUUUCUUCUUUCAGAUCAAAUUUGCUUAUGAUUAAAAGCCAAUUAAGUUAAAUCGUACGUAGCUCCUCGCUGACUAUAUUAUACACCAGCCUUAAUCGUUCUGAUUGAAUCAUAGAAUCAUGGCAAGGGAGGGAAGGUCUGAAGGUAGCUAUUCUGUUACAAAAAAAUUCAGGCAGUGGAGAGAUACAAGUGAUAUGUUAAUUGUUUAUUAUUAGUCAGAAUAUUUGUUUCAUCGACGCAAUUGUGAGUUAAUUGUUUCGGAGUGGGAAGGGGCAGGGGAGGAAUCGGGGGGGGG